AUGCGCCUCGUUGACACAGCCACAGAGCAACUCAUCCAGCUCGUGAGCCCUCCAAGUCGCUACGCGAUCCUGUCGCACACAUGGGAGGAGGACGAGGUCCUCUUCCAGGACUUUGAAAAAGGCCGCGCGCAUGAAAGGAAAGGCUACGCCAAGUUCCGGGGCGCAGUCAAGCUUGCAAGGGAUGAAUGCCACAGGUACAUCUGGAUAGACAGCUGCUGCAUCGACAAGUCGUCCAGCGCGGAGCUCUCCGAGGCAAUCAACUCCAUGUUUACGUGGUAUCGCAAGGCGAGCAUCUGCUACGUCUAUCUAAGCGACGUGUCAACAUUUGAGCGCCACCCAAAUAUUCGCCAUCAGCUCAAUCGCAGCCGAUGGUUCCUGAGAAGUUGGACGCUUCAGGAGCUCAUCGCCGCAAUCUCCGUACACUUCUACUCGCGCGAAUGGACGUGGCUCGGCCGCAAGAACGACCCGACAUGGACGUAUGCACUGAACGAGCUGACUGGUAUUCCCGUCGAAGUACUCCAGUAUUCCGAGGGUUACAAGAAUGCCAGCGUGGCGCAGAAGAUGUCAUGGGCAGCAAACAGGGAGGCGACGCGCGAAGAGGAUAUAUCCUACUCUCUCUUUGGCAUAUUCGACAUCAACAUGGCGCCUCUAUACGGCGAAGGAGGUGCUAGUGCGUUCCGCCGGCUGCAAGAAGAGAUCAUACGGCGCCACGCAGACGACUCCAUCCUGGCCUGG